GACGACGGGGGUCUACUGGCACUACCCGAUGAUCCUCGUGUGCGUAGAAACUCCAUCCUGACCACGGCUAACCUACCACCUCAACCCGAUCCCGCACCCAUGAUCAUUCCUGAUCAGAGGGACGAGGUAGUCAUACAAAAAGAAGGCGAUAUGAUGUAUCACGCUACACAACGGCCUCAGACUUUUGGCGAUGACGACACUGACGACGUCUUGCAGAAGGGUGAUCAUACUAAGUGCGACAAUACUGAGAAGCCCAUUACACCAAACGCGGAGGAGCCGAGUAUUAAAGUUACAAAUACUUGUGCCGAGAGCGAUCGCACCUGA